CUCAUCUCUAGUUUUAAAGACACGUAAAUAAAGGCAAACUGGCAAAAAAUUUCACAUAUAUUUCUAUUAAAAUUAUCAGACAGAAUUUAUAAACGACAAAAAAUUGAAUAUGGCAGACGCAGGCCAAUGGUAUAACUCGCUGCCGCGGUUCACCCGCUACUGGCUAACUGCAACAGUUGGUUUGAGUCUUCUGUGCAGAUUCGGACUCUUGCCCAUGGAGUACAUGUACUUGUCCCGUGAACUCGUACUAACCCGGCUCCAAUUGUGGCGAUGUGUGACCUCGCUGUUUGUGUUCCCAUUGAGCGGUGCGACUGGAUUCCAUUUCCUUAUCAAUUGCUAUUUCAUCACCCAGUACAGUGCCAGGCUGGAGAAGGAUCAAUAUGCUCGCAGUCCGGCAGAUUAUAUGUACCUGCUGAUCAUAACGGCCAUACUAGCCAAUCUUGGUGGCAUGGUCUUCAAUGUAUAUUUUCUCAUGGACAUGCUGGUUGUGGCCAUCACUUAUAUAUGGUGCCAGUUGAACAAGGAAGUUAUAGUUAGCUUUUGGUUUGGCAGUCGCUUCAAGGCCAUGUAUUUGCCCUGGGUUCUGGCCGGUAUUGAGCUAAUAUUCCAUGGCUCAUUGGCCUCAUUAGUUGGUAUUUUCAAUGGCCAUGUUUACUAUUUUCUCAAGUUCCAAUAUCCUCAAGAACUGGGCGGCAAUGCUUUCCUCGAAACUCCACAAUUUCUCAAACGCUUUGCACCCGAUGUCUCUGGCGGUAUCAGCGGCUUCGGCAUCCCACCGGAAAGUAGAGCACCCCCACAAAGGCAAGCCCCCAAUAAUCCCUGGGGCCGUGGAAUGACUUUGGGACGCAAUUGAAAUUACCUCAACGUCUAGUCUAGUUUUAUAUACAUAUAUAUAUAUAUAUCUUUUUCUUUCCUCACUCAUUGUAAAAAGUUGUUUUUUCUUCAAUUAUGAUCUGUACUGAAUUUCUUAUUGUAACAAAAAACUGAAACAUUA